AUGAAUUAUUCAAAUGCCCUCCGAAAUUUUUCAAAGAUAGCCUGCCCAUUUAUUAACAAUAAAUUCAUAGUUCCAUCUUCCUCUCAUAUUAGUAAAACCCUAAUUAAUCCGGCCACAGAAGAAUCACUUAUUCAGGUUGUAGAAGGAAUAUCAAGUGAUGUUGAUUUAGCUGUUAAAGCUGCAACAGAUGCUUUACAUUCAACAUCAUGGAUAUCAUUAAGUGGAGCUGAUAGAAGAAAUAUUUUACUAAAAAUAGCUGAUGGUAUCGAUAAAAAUUCAGAAGAAUUGGCUUUAAUUGAAUCUUUGAACGUUGGAAAACCUUUAAAAGAUGCUAAACUUGAAGUCUCCGAAUCUGCAGAAUGUUUUAGAUUUUUUGCAGGUUAUGCGGAUAAAUUAGCUGGUCACACCCUUUGUGUAGAUAAUAAAUAUAGAUUAUAUACCAUUAGAGAACCUGUUGGAGUAUGUGGAUUGAUAACAAGUUUUAAUUAUCCUUUAUUAUUAGCAUCAUGGAAAUUAGCACCAAGUUUAGCUUGUGGGAAUGCAAUUAUACUUAAACCAGCACCACAAACUCCAUUAACUACUUUAAUGUUAGCAAACAUAAUUUCUGCUGAAACAACAUUACCACCAGGUAUAAUUAAUGUAAUACCAGGAGAUGAAGUAGUUGGAAAGAGUAUCACUAAUCAUGAAGGAAUAGAUAAAUGUAGUUUUACAGGAUCAGAACAAGUUGGAAGAAAAGUCCUUUCCGCUUCUUCAUCAAGUAACUUGAAAAAAGUUACGCUUGAAUUAGGAGGUAAAAAUCCAAUGAUUGUUUUUUCUGAUGCUAAUGUAGAUAAAGCUGUUGAAGAUGUUUAUUGGGCUACUUUUUUAAAUUCUGGACAAAAUUGUAGUGCUGGUUCAAGAUUAUUUUUGGAAAAAGAUAUUCAUGAUGAAUUCAUAGAUAAAUUACGUAAAAGAAUUGAAAAGACUAAAAUGGGUAAUCCAUUAGAUGAAACCGUUGAUCUUGGUCCUUUAAUUGAUCGCACACAAUUUCAAAAUAUACAAAAAGUUAUUAAUGAUAAAAUUAUUGGAGGUAAAUUAUUAAUUGGCGGGAAAAGAUUUGGUGAUAUUGGAUUUUUCAUUGAACCUACUGUAUUUUAUAAUCUUGAUGAUUCUGAAUAUCUUUCUCAAGAAGAAAUAUUUGGUCCUGUAUUAAGUAUAUUAAAACCUUUUAAUACGAUUGAGGAAGUUAUUAAAAGAGCAAAUAAUACCAAAUUUGGUCUAGCCGCUGGUAUUUGGACAUGUAAUUAUUUAAAAGCUGAAAAGGUUGUAAAGGAAAUUAAAGUUGGUACCACUUGGGUAAAUUGCUAUAAUUUAGCUCCUCCUUGCUUACCUUUUGGUGGUAAUAAAUUAAGUGGUUUUGGCAAAGAAUUAGGAGAAGAAUCCAUUAAUGAAUUUAGCUUCAUAAAAUCUGUCACUUUUUCUUUAUAA